AUGUAUGAGACUCGGAUCUCCACGUUGGAGGAGCGUCUCCUGAAGGCUGACGAGGAUAGGGCUGCAGCAAUUACGGCCCAAAAAGCAGCAUAUGAGGCCGAACGAGCAGCAUGUGAGGCCAUUGAGCAGCGGAUGGCUCAAUUCGAGGAGAUACUGAGGCGGUCGGGACAGCUACCCUCAGCAGCACUUCUACGUAUUGAAGAUGGCUGGAAUUGGACAGCGGCACCUGAUGGCAAAUACACCACUAGAUCUUCCUAUAUUGCUAUCAAAUCAAGAAGGAGUGAUUGUCAAAGUCAGAACGCAGACGCGAAGUCCUUGGCGUCGGUUUGGACAACGCCCGCACCGCAUAAAGCUUUCGUAACAUUGUGGAGAAUUCUCCGGAAUCGGCUUCCGACUUGUGACAAUCUCAGUAAGAGGAACACCAGCUUGGGAGAUGAGGAGCGUGAGUGCCCACAUUGUCAUGAACAUGGUGAGUCCACUAACCACUUGUUCACCUCGUGUGCUAAAACACAAGAGAUUUGGGAUGAGAUACAGAAAUGGAUUGGAAUCAUUUUGGCACGACCUUGCACGAUAGGUUUGCAUUGGAAAAUGUUCUGCUACUGUGGCAAAAAUAAGAAGGUUACGAAGCUCCUUAGGAUGAUUUGGGUUGGAUGUUGUUGGAUUUUAUGGAAGAAGUGGAACGACAAAAAAUUCGAAGGAAAAGACUGGGAAGUUAAAGAUUUGAUACUGGAGUUAAAAGCUAGAACUUGGUGUUGGAAUAGAAUGUUUGGUGUUUUAGAUAAGGAUUUGGAUUUUUCCUUGUGGAGUUAUGAUGACUUAAUUUUCAGAAGUGUGUAA